CCUCACAUUUUGCUGUUUGUGAGGACUGUAUCCGAACCAAAUACAUUUAAGAGAGCCAAUACACCUCGUCAGUUACCACUGUUUCUACAGCAGCACAGAACACCUGGACAGUAGGAAAUGGCAAACAACACAAACAUGGCCUAUAUGAAUGGCAAUGAAAAUCAUCUGUCUAAUGGUAUAUACAGUUAUCACACCACGGAGAAGAUAAUGAAGAAAAAGGCUAAAUGGAACAUCAGGGUAUCUGAAAUGUCCAAGAAGACCUUUAAUCCUAUCAGAGCUAUUGUGGACAGCAUGAACAUGGAUCCUAACCCUAAGAAACCCAUGAUUGCUUUAUCCAUAGGUGAUCCAACUGUAUUUGGAAACUUACCAACUCAUGAUGCAGUCUUAAAAGCCAUGAAAGAUGCAGUGGAUUCAGGAAAAUUUAAUGGCUAUGCACCUUCUAUUGGAUAUCAAUCAAGUCGUGAAGUUGUGGCCAAGUUUUACAGUCAGCCUGAUGCCUUACUUGAAGCUAAGGAUGUCAUUCUGUGCAGUGGUUGCAGUCAAGCCAUUGAACUAUCAAUAGCAGUGCUGGCGAAUCCAGGUCAGAAUAUCCUAAUACCGAGGCCAGGAUUUUCCCUCUACAAGACUCUUGCUCUGAGUUUAGAUAUCCAGAUCAAGCUCUAUGAUCUACUGCCAGAAAAAGGUUGGGAAAUUGAUCUGAAACAAUUGGAAUCAGUGAUAGAUGACAAAACUGCUUGUAUUAUAGUGAACAAUCCAUCAAACCCAUGUGGCUCCAUCUUCAGCAAAGAACACCUCCAAAAAAUCAUUGCAGUUGCUGCCAGAAACUGUGUUCCAAUCUUGGCUGAUGAAAUCUAUGGAGACAUGGUUUUUCAAGGCAACAAAUUCUACUCCAUGGCACCACUAAGCUCCAGUGUACCAAUCUUAUCCUGUGGAGGUCUUGCCAAACGUUGGCUUGUGCCUGGUUGGAGACUGGGUUGGAUCCUUAUCCAUGAUCGAAACAACAUAUUUGGAAAUGAGAUUCGAGAAGGCCUUGUUCGUUUAAGUCAGAGGAUUUUGGGGCCAUGUACCAUAGUCCAGGGGGCUUUGGAAUCCAUCAUGAACAGCACACCUAAAAAGUUUUUCAGCAGCACUCUCAGUUUCAUGAAGGCAAAUGCUGACAUUUGCUAUGAAGCACUUUCCACUGUACCUGGACUGAGGCCAGUUAGACCUUCAGGUGCCAUGUACCUUAUGGUUGGAAUUGAUAUAGAGAGUUUUCCAGAGUUUGAGGAUGAUGUUGAAUUCACAAUGAGGCUGAUCUCUGAGCAGUCAGUUUUUUGCCUGCCAGCAAAGUGCUUUGAAUAUCCAAACUUCUUCCGAGUUGUUCUGUCUGUGCCAAAGGAGAUGAUGACUGAAGCUUGUAAUCGGAUUCGUGAAUUCUGUGAGCAGCAUUACCACCACUCAUAUAGCAAUGGCUUCGCUUAACACACAAAGGCUGACAAAUGAAAUGGCUCAGAGAAACUCAUGUCUUUCUCCUCCAAUAUUUUACAAAAAGCACUCUGGACUGACUGCAGAGGAAGGCCAAAGAAGAGUACCUUCAUUCCUCACCAUCGUCAUACCUGUUCACUAAUUUUGAUUACACCACAAGCAGCAUUCCAUGAACAUUAUUCAUCAGUGGAAAGCAAAGUUAAUUAAGUUCAAGUCAUACUGGGCUUGGAGAUAAAACCUGGCCUUAGUAAGACUAACACAACUGUAUCCUAAGACUCACAUGCACAGCUGACUUUUAUUGUUAAAAUCUAUGAAUGGAUUGCUUUCAUAGAUGUGUAUAUAGUAUUAUGUAGAACUAAAUACAACUCAAAAGUAUUUAUGUAUUAUGCAUGUAUUUAACAGAUUAUGUCUUUUAUUAAAGAGUUAUCAUUAUUUUACAGGAAGCACCCUCACGUUCCCAUAACUUAGCUGGAAAAAUAAAAGGGUAUCCUGUACAGCAAUGUUAAUCUAUUUAUAACCACUAAGCAUAUUAUGCUAGUAUGUCUUUACCAUCAUAUUCAUGCGAAACAAUUAUAUGCAAAUACAUUUAUAAAUUGCUUUGCUCUGUAUUACUAGACUGCUUUAGUAAGUUACACCACAUUAGGAUUUGUUUUAGCUUACUUAUUUGUAGAAGUAGAAAACAAUUUGAAAUUAUAACACCCACAAUUUAUACUUAUCAAUGGUAAACUUUUUAAAAUUUCUAGUUAUAAGAGCUGAAUUUAUUGUUAUACUUACUAUAAAUCAGCUACUUCCUGACCAGACUAAGUAAAAUACUAGUCUUUAAGGUGCAGCAUAUUCACUAAAAAACUCUGACACACUCCACUUCCUGCUGCAGGUGUGUUACCUUUUUUGCUACCGCCCCUCAUGCUUGAGAUAGCCCAUUUGUUUUGGUGUUCACACUUUCUUUACUGCAGUCACAAACAGAAAUUGCCAUCUAUACUGAUACCAUUUCCAAGAUGGCUUCAACAGCUCAGGAUGCUUACAUGAAUUAUUAACCGAGGAAAUAAUGAUAUGUUUUCAAGGUCACCUGACCUGAGCUCUGGUGCUCACCUUGGGCAUGAUGUACACUUUCACUGUAAGCUUAAAAUGUGCAGUGAAGAACUCAGAUCUUUUCUCACAAAUUUCUCCCUACUAUAACAAGAGAAGAGUAAAUCAGUUUUUUGACUA